AUGUUGCCAAUGCCAACGAUUAGACUGAGAGCCGUCCUGACAUCACGGGUCGCCCUGAUGAUGGCCCAACGGCAGUCAGUUCGUUUAACAUCGACGUCAGCACAACAAAAGGCCAUUGCUAUAUGGAGAAACACUGGUUCCAAGUGGGGAAACCUACUUAGGAAGGAAAAGAAGAUUGUAUGCGUCGCUUGCGGCACCGGCGUUACUGUUCUUCGGUUGCUCUUAGUAGGCGGCAGCAGGGACAAGGAACCUGUUAAUGCGCAUGACGUGGAAGCACUCGGAAAAACUUCUCUGAGCAAGCUUUUGACAGGUUGGUUGGCCUUUGCAUUCUGCUCGUCACCAAGUUGGGUUGAUAUAAGUGAGACACUCUACAAUGCCUUAUCAUCAAUGCCCAUUGCUUCUUCUUUUACACACUUUUUUGUGAUGAAGAUCUUCUUCAAUCAAUUUCUAGGUGGGGAGACAACACAGGAUUGCAUCCCGAAGAUCCAAGCCCUUCGGCAGAGACACAUUGGAACUCUCCUGGGCUACAAUAUUGAGGCCGAGUUGGAUGGGUCAAGUAAAGAUCCCGGCUUGAUCCGCCCUCAGGUGCAACACGUUCUGGAGUCAAUCGAGACGCAGUCGCAGUUAGGCAGGAAGUUCUGCCCCGACACUAGCGCAACCAGCGGCGACAACCGUUCGUGGAUAAGGAUCAAAGUCACUGGACUUCUGUCGCAUCCGAUCGCUUUACUGCAUGACUCAGAGGCAAUUCUCGAAGCGAGAGAGGCAAGGAACCUCGAUAAGGAUGUACCGUAUCCUGGACUACUUCACGACGGUGAUUGGGAGGCAGCGUUGAACGGGACGCAGGCUACUACCUCCGAUCGCCAGCAGCUUGUGGACCUGUAUGCAACACUUGACACCAUUAUGAAGAAAGGACGCGAAUGCAAUUUUCUUGAUCAGCAGAUCCGCAGAGCCCAGGAGAAAGGGUAUAAGCUUCUAUUCAAACAGGUCAGGGGAGCAUAUAUCAAGACUGAGGGGGAACGAUGGCAUAAGGAAGUUCGUCAAGGGCCCGGGCCUGUCUGGGGAACCAAGGCGGAGACCGACGCCAGCUACAACUACGGUAUAGAGAAGACACUCGCAACUGUAAAGAAGCAAAUUCAGAAGACUGGUAACCCCGAGAUUGGUGCUGUAUUUGCCACACAUAACUUCUAUAGUAUUGAUUUCGGUAUCAGACUUCUAGAGACUCAUGGGUUGGCAAAGCGCAGAAGUGGCAACGACAAACUCAUUGUCUCGAAUGAGGCUGCUGGAAGUAUUGCUUUCGGUCAGAUAUACGGCAAGACUCGCAAUUCAUUCAUAUGGCUUGGCCGAUAUUCUGGUGUUAACCUCAUCAAAGGAAUGAAAGACGACUUCACUAACAAGAUUGCCGGAUCUAUUUCUACUGAAAAUGGAUUCCCUCUCGUGAUCAAGUCAAUGGGUUACGGUGAUUUGAAUGGAUGCCUGCCGUUUUUGGCGAGAAGAGCUACGGAAAACAAGGCGGUUCUGGAGGGAAGAGGCGGUGCGAGCGCCGAAAGGAUCAGGAAUAUCGAAAUUUCCGCAAGGGAGGAGGCGCUGAAGAUGGGGACGGUCGAGAAUCAGCCGGAGACAGAGCUGAAGAGAGGAUUCAAGAAUCGCCAUGUUAACAUGUUCGCUAUUGCAGGAUCCAUUGGCACAGAUCUCAUCAUAGGAAGCGGUGAGGUCUUAGCUUCUGGGGGCCCAGGGAGCAUGUUGAUUGCCUAUCUAAUUAUGGGUGCUUGUGUGUAUACCAUCAUGACGGCAUUCGCUGAGAUGGCCAUAUUCGCUCCGAUGAGCAAGGGUUUCAGUGGCUAUGCUACUAGAUUUGUUGAUCCUGCACUCGGAUUCGCUACAGGAUGGAACUACUUCUUCAAGUACGCCGUGCUCCUUGCAAACAAACUUACCGCGACCGGCCUUGUUAUUAGAUACUGGAUAGAGGACCUAAAUGUCGGCGUCUGGAUUGCGGUGUUUGGUGUUUUCGUUGUCGCUCUGAAUUUCCUGCCGGUCGAGAAUUUUGGCGAGACGGAGUUUGUGAUGGCGAUUGUGAAAAUAACAGUCCUCAUAGGUCUGAUUAUAUGUUGCUCCAUAGUUUCACUCGGUGGAUCUCCAUCAGGCGAGCGUGUUGGGUUCCGAUACUGGAAAGAACCUGGUGCUUUUGCCUCAUAUCUUGCCGAAGCGCAUUCAUGUUCAUGGGAUGUGGUGGGCAUUACCUAUGAAGAGGCCAGAAAUCCACGCAAGGCGAUCCCCAGGGCUGUAAAACAGACUAUCUGGCGUAUCGCAGUCUUCUGUAUCGGUGGUGUCAUUGUUCUGGGCACGACAGUGCCGUACACCAACGAUCUUCUCUUGUCUGCGAACAACGCGGAAACCAGUGCUUCUGCAUCACCCUUUGUUGUUGCCCUCAAGCUCGCAGGCGUCGAGACACUGCCUGGGAUUACAUCUAUUGCAUCUCGAACACUGUACGGUCUAGCGCGUGACAAGCAGGCCCCGUCAAUCUUCAUGAAAACGAAUCGCUGGGGCGUGCCGGUCUACGCCGUCACCGCUGCAUCGCUGUUCUGUUGUCUUGCCUUCCUUAACGUGUCCAACUCGUCGAGUAAGAUUUUUGGCUACUUUGUCUCUAUCUCCAUCGUGCUAGGUCUGAUCAACUGGGUCAACAUCAUUAUAAUUUACUAUUGUUUUCAGCGGGGGAUCAAAGCUCAGGGAAUCACUCGUGCGGGGCUACCAUGGAAAGGGCCCCUACAGCCUUAUGGAGUGUGCCUACUAGGUUGGGGAUCGGCCAUCUCAUCCAUCCCUCCUGAUCUCUUGUUCCUCUCCCACCCCGGUCGCAUUCCAUCUCCAUUUCCGCAGAACACAGGGUACGAGAUGAAUGAAGAACAGAAUACGGGAAGCAGACGAGUGAGCAAUGCAUAUUUGAGGCGUCUGCGGCAGGCUGCCGGCUCUACUGGGGAAAGAAUGGAUGAAGAUCUUACCUGGUGCGAUGAUGAUAUGCAGAGUCAACCGCCAAGGACAGAGACCACCCCCCAGCCUCCCCGCAAUCGAGAUGGUCAACCUGCUUCACUACCAAAUCAGCCUUUUCAAACACCAAUUUUAAUCGAGUCAUCAUCAAAUGCCCAAAUCGAAGCGUCCAAUCCGCUUGCCUCGACCUCUUCGGCCUAUCUGUCUGACGACAAGAGCCGACUACGAUGUCUUGGCGAGUCUUCAACGUGGUCCUUCACUCACAAGACAUUAAGACUUAUGCACAGUCACUUGGAUGUCCAGGAGCCGCCAUUAACUGAAAUUACCACCAACGAAGAGAGUCGAGCAUAUCCUUUAAGCUGGGGGUCAUCAGGCUUCGAGGAUCCAGCAAGUUUCAGUGACUUGCCUUCUGCAGAUUACGCACUUUACCUGGUAAAUGGUUUCAAGUUUCAUGUUGGCCAGCUCUACCACCUUUUUGACGAGUCACGAUUCAUGCGUCUCCUCAAUGACUUCUACAACUUCCCGGUUGAGGUAGCAAGGAACCACAAAAUCUGGUAUGUCCAGUUUCUAACCAUAUUGGGGCUUGCGAAAUCCCUUGUCGUCCAGCCUAGCCGCGGGGCUAUCACUCUUCCAGGGUCCAGUCUCUUUCUUCGAGCCAUGUCAUUGCUCCCAGAUACGCCGUAUCUGUUCUCGGAUGCCCUGACCGCCGUUGAGACUCUCUGUGCGAUAUCGCUCUAUCUGCAGUGUGCCGACUCGCGAAACUCUGCAUACGUCUAUAUAGGAUCAGCCUUGCGGAUGGCAGUGACGUUCGGGCUGCAUCGCGAGCGUCCAACAAACGACUGGAGCCCGGAGGCCACUGAACGAUGCCACCGAAUAUGGUGGACAGUGUAUGUUCUAGAUCGCACGUUUUCCUUUUCGAUGGGUGUUCCAAUCUCCAUCCAAGAUUCCGAUAUUACAACCCCAAUGCCUGAACGAGACAGACCAGGGCGUGGAACAUCCCUUUACAUUCACGUGAGGCUUUCCAAUCUUAUAUCUGAAGUCGUCAAUAAGGUAUACGGUGCGGAAGGUCGGUUGCAGAGCAGCUUUCUACCCUGCGUUCGCAAAGUCCUUGGAAGUAUUGCCUCAAUUGCUAGUGACCUAAAUGAGUGCUGUCCACUAUCAUCGGACGGCUCCGAUGGCAGUAUAUCGCGGGUCGCUGCUCACCUCCAUCUUUUGUAUCAUCAGGCAAUACUCCUUACCAUGUAUCCACUCUUGCUACAUCUCUUCCAAACAAAGCUACAAAGUGGAGAGAGUAAUAUUGAGCCGACACGCGCAUUUUCAGCCACUACUCGUGCUCUUCUCAGUACCUGUACUGAGACCUGUAAUAAUAUGCUUAGAAUUCUCAGUGUGCUUCAGCAACAGGGUCUCUUGGGAGGUGCCCUACCAUUUGAUCUUGAAAGAACGUUCUCAUCGGGUUUUGUCUCGGUGAUGCUUUCAUUCGUUGGUUCUAAUGACAAGAGCCAGCCGAGUCUCUACCAGCCCACCUGUCAGCUCCUCGACGAGUUCAUCAGCCGUGGAUCCACACCUGCACGGUUUCGCAAAUCCGAGAUUGAGUUGCUUCAGAACAUGAUUCUUCAGUGGAAUUCGACCACCAGCAGUGCCGAUUGCAAUGCUCGUGACCAAGCUCAAGGCCACUUGAUCGAACAGCAGCCCGAGACCCAGUCUCGUGACAAGCCGAGCGAUCCCAUAGAGGCGGAUAGGGAAGUCGGUGCUACCUACGAUUUAUCGCCGGGCCAGAUUCUUUCUCUGGCCGAGAUGGUAGACGUAGGAGGAGGCCAUUCUCAGGGCGAUGUUGACUGGAUAGAUGGCGACUUGCUAUGGAAUCAGUCCAUGGGCUGGAACGAUGAAAUCUGA